GCUCAGUUUGCUAGUCAGGCCCUAGAAGAUCCCAUGCUCAGCCGUGAUAUUCCAGACCGCUCCUGGCCUGUGGUUAGCCAAGAUAUGCCGGAUAUAUCUUGACCAGAUGCCACUUUCUAUCCCAGAUGUGGCACAUGUGGGAUAGAAAGUGGCAUCUGGUCUCGACAUGCCAUUACGGUGAUUGGGUCGAAAUCAGUGUACUGCCCAACACACUCACUCUUAUGGUAGUACCCUUAGCCAAAGCACACUUUGCAAAAUGUUGGGACACCUGA